AACACAAUCGCCAUAUUCAAUUCAUCUCUCACAACUGUACACAAUCAAUCCCAUGCCAUAUAGAGAGAGACAGAGCUAGAGAGAUGGAGAGGGGCUCCCGCUCAUGAAUUGUGGGUUUUUGAAGCAGACUGUUGAGAAAUUAAGAGAGAGAAGAAGAAGAAGAAAGAGUCAAAAGGGCAUUCACUGUGUCUCAUUUUUUGACAUAUGUCCUCACUUUAUUCGCCCUUAAUUGCGUAUAUGAGUACACACUACCUUAUACUUUGUAUGUAUGUAUGUAUAAACAUUGUAUGGUAUCCACACUGUACAUAUGAAUCCAAACCCUACAGAAUAUAGAUAGACACACACACACACACACACACACGAGAGCGAGAGAGAGAGAGAGAGAGAGAGCUCCACACUACAUUGAUGCAGCAUAGAAAUGGGUCCAUAGUCCUCUAAAUGAAUUCAAAACCUUUUUCUGUAAGGACACGAUCCGGGUCUGCCGCUCCUCUCACCACUGUCCCCCCCUUCUUCUUCUUCUUCUUCUUCUUCUUCUUCUUCUUCUUCUCUCUCUCAUUCAAUUAACUAAUAGCGAAGAAAUUCCGGGCUGCUUGUAGUUCGAUUUCGCUCUAAAUUAACAUGGAAGAUCAAUACGGCAUGGCCGAUCUGCGCCAGUACAUCAGCAGCCGCCCUUUAUUCCCCCCAAUCCCGCCGCCGCCGGACUUGCUAUCCGCCCACCGCGGCGGCCUCAACCCCUACGACAUGCUCAUCUUCCGCUCAGAUUCCGUCGCCACCGCUAACAACAACAACGCGGGGGGCGCCGCCGCCUCCAGCAGCGCCGGCUUCGGGGGCUUCGAGAGCGGCCUCAACGGCGGCGACAGCGGCGCGGGGAGAUGGCCGCGGCAGGAAACGCUGACUCUUCUGGAGAUCAGAUCGAGACUCGACCCCAAAUUCAAGGAGGCCAAUCAAAAGGGCCCCUUGUGGGAUGAAGUCUCAAGGAUAAUGUCUGAGGAGCAUGGAUAUAAUAGGAGCGGCAAGAAAUGCCGAGAGAAAUUCGAGAAUUUGUACAAAUAUUACAAGAAGACCAAAGAAGGCAAGGCUGGGAGACAAGACGGCAAGCACUACAGAUUCUUCAGGCAGCUCGAAGCCCUCUACGGCGGCGAACCUCACACUACUUCAGCUUCAAUGUCCGAAGCCGCCGGCAGUUAUCACGUCAGUUUCCCAAACAAGAGCGCGUUGUUAUCGGCCCCGAAGCUCUCCGACACGAGCCUCAGCCUCUCGAACUACUCCGAAGCCGAGACGAGCUCAUCCGACGACAGCGACGAGGGGAAGAUGAUGAUUAAGAAGAGAGGAGGGUGGAAGGUGAAGAUUAGGGAAUUCAUCGACGUGCAGAUGAAGAAAUUGAUGGACAAGCAGGAGGCGUGGAUGGAGAAGAUGAUGAAGGCCAUGGAGGAGAAGGAGCGGGAGAGGGCCAUGAGAGAGGAGGAGUGGAGGAAGCACGACGCCGCCCGGAUAGAGAGAGAGCACAAGUUCUGGGCUAGCGAGCGCGCCUGGAUCGAGGCCCGCGACGCCGCCCUCAUGGACGCCUUGCACAAACUCACCGCCGGCAAAGACGCCGCCGAGAGCAACGACGACGGCGGCAGCGAGACCAUGGCGGACUGGGCCGAGUGCGAGGUCAAUCGGCUGAUCCAGCUGAUGGAGGGGAAAUUGGAGGCGGAGGAGAUGGUUUGGGAGGAGAUCGCCACCAAGAUGGCCUGCUUCGGACAUGACAGGAGCGCGGCGGCGUGCAAGGACAAGUGGGAAAGCAUUCACACUUAUGCGCUGAAAUGCGGCAGCAAGAAGAGGAAGGAUACCUCCAAAGGCGCCACCUAUUUCACCGGAGUUUACUGUGAUACUCAGACUAGUGAGCAAGGGAAUAUCAGCUUGAAUAAUAAUCACGAUCAUGGCAGCUCGUCGCCGAAUCCUAAUACGGCGGCGGCCGCGGCAAUGAGCGAGAGCUGCUUCAGGUACUUCAUGGGAGAUGCUUAUGGAAGGAUCAUCGGCUGAUGCUGGAUGCUUCUAGAACCCUCUUAAUAACUUGGUGAAAAUCUAACUAGCUACGUACAUGGUUAGUUUGAAGACCUAAUUCAUUAUAGGUGAUCGCCUGCACUUUGUAGUAAUAUUAAUUUGAGCUUUUCAUUAUGUGUUUUUUUUCCCCUUUUGGAUGCUGGAAUAACUUUUGGGAGGAACUGAUUUAAUUUUUUUAUUUUUAUUAACAUGUGGUUGUUUGGCGUGAAUGUAAUUUGUUUUUACUGUUUGACAGCUGCAUUAAGAUGAACUUUAAGAUUUAUUUUC